AUGAGCAAUCAGGCUGAUCAGAUUCCAGGUUUAGUCCAAGCUCUCAAUCGGCUCAGCUUGGCCAUUGAGGGCCAGAAUCGUCGGCAAGAUUCCGUGGUUUCAGAAGCAGAAGGAGUUACCACUAGCUCCGCCUUGUCCUUGGAGGAAAGAUUGGCACGUGUGGAGUACAAUGACUACGAAGCAUUUGCCUUGCUUGUACCUCCUUGCCCUGCUCAUCUUCUACGUCUUUGCGAGCGUUUGGUGGAAGGGCAAUACAGCUCAGAGUUUCGAGCUAGAAGAGCCUGGGAGUCUGGGUUCUGGGCUGCUUUGGCCUUGCAAGGUCGAGUGCGGGUACCAACACCAAGAGUUUCAUUGCCUCGUGAUCUCAAGAAGACCGUCUACGUGGUCUUGCGCUCUGCUGCGGUGCAGAGCCCCACUCGAGUUUCUCGAGUGUCAGAUCUCUAUCGACUGGUUGGCCGCAUCAACGAGAACAACCUUGCAGUGUUCCACGGCUUUGCAUCACUUGCAGAGGCAGAGACGUACUGUGAAAGUGCUGGUUUCAGGAGAAUUUGCAGCAUCAAGUAUCAAGUGCAGGCCUAUGUGUUUCAGAGGAGAGCGGGAGGCAUUUUGCUGGUUUUCCCCGACCAUGUUAUGGAAGAAGAGUUCCUCCGUUUGCAUGCAGUCCCCUCCGAAGAGGGGGGAGAGCCUUUGGUGGGGCCCUUCCAGAGGUUCAGAGUUCCCAUUAUGUUGUCUGGAGAAGACGAUGUUUUGGUUCUAUCAGAGGAGUUAGGUUCAGUGGUGGUUAUGGAUAUGAACCUCCCAGGGGCACAUUCUGUGCUCAUGUCCUUUCCGGAAGAAGGCGAGGAGGUGGAUUUGAUCAAUCAUUUUGCAUAUUCAGACAGCGAGGCUCGGCCAGAUUUUGUGGCCCUAUCAGCGAAAGUCCGGGAGUGGAUUUCAUUGGCAGAAGGAAAGGAGCGUUUGGUUUUCUACCCCGCAGCAGAAGAAGAGGAAGGACGCCCGUCUCCGACAGCAAAGAGAGCUGCCCGCCCAAAGGCUUCUCCAGGUACUUCUACUCAGCCAGGAAAGCAAGGAGGCAUUCCAAAAGCUGGACCAAAGAAGCACACAGUGGCAAGCCUCGCGCAGCAAUUGGAGACAGUCCUCGCAGUUCUUCCAACCAUAACCGAUCAGCUGACUUCACUGACCCUGAGGCAGGAGGCAAUGGAGAGAGGAGCAGAUCAACAGGCAGCUCCUUCUUUCCAACCCAUCACCACCACCAAAACCGCCCAGCCAGUAUCAGCGUUGCUGAAGGGUUCUCCAACACAAACGUUGGCAGGGCUAUCCAGGCAGUUGGGCCCCCCAAGAGUCAAAUCUGUAGCAACUCACCCCGGCCGGCAACAGCUGCAGCAAGAGGCAGAGGACGAGCCCUACUACGACCCUUUGAUGAUGGAGGGAGCGCCAGAUCCUGGCCCCCCUAUGACUCAGGCCAUUGUCCAGCAGAGCCGGGCUUUGGCACUACUGGUAGCACAGAUGCAGGCCACUGGGGCAGAUGUCAAGCUAUUCAAAGGCGUGAGCCCCACCUCAAAGUUGGCUUCAAGUCUUUCAGAAGUGGGAGACGUGUCGUUGUUGGCAUGCCUCGAGCCCUAUGGGGGCUUCGGGCAAAACAGAGAGCUUGGUAUGAUUCAAUGGUCGCUGGCACACAUCUUCGACGCAGCGGCAAAGGAAGAAUGGCGCCUCGUUCGAGACCAUGUGGCUCUCACGGCGGUGAUGGUGGAGCAAGCAAGCUUGGAUGCCAACAAGUGGCACUUGGCGUGGCUCCUCCGUGUAGUAGACGAUCCACCCCAGAAUCUGUGGCUCAGCCGGGGCCAGACUGCAACAGGAGCCCGCCGACCAUUUGCUCCACUAUGUGCCCAGACUUGGACAACGACAGCUUUGGCUUACAUGAAGGAAGCAGAU